UUUACCGUAAUGUCUCAGAGUAAUGCUGAGAUUAUGUUAGUUACGCUGCUUCGUCAUUACUGCAUCUUCAAGGACGACGCCCUGCUCGAUGCAAUAUCCGUUUUACGCAAACAUCUAAAUCAGUUAUGUAUGUACACGGACAGUCACAUUGGAAAGGCGUCACCCCGUUAUUAGAGCACAGCUGGGGGAUCGCCUAGCUUAUAUGGACAGUAUUGUGCUUGGCAGUCAUGCAGAUGUAGAUGAGGGUUUGAAUGCUGACGCGGCGUGGAUCGCUUAUAAAACAGGGCAUACUAUCUGUAUUGAAUUAAAGUCUAGAUUAGCAAAAGAAAAAAAAGCCGCUACGUACACUGAAAUGAAGCAGAGGCUUGUCUUUGCACGCACGCGCUUUCUUUCGUAGUGUUUUGUGUUGUGAAUUAAUGCGACAGACGGUUAAAAUGAGGGAAACGGGUUUCCCCAGAGAAGUGAUGAUGACGAUCGACCAUCCUGCGUAGAUGUCGCAGAAAACCUUAAAUGCAUAUAGUUAAAUCCACCAGAUCCAGUUUUCUCUUUUUACUGGUGAAUUACACCAGCUGCCCCUCUCCAGCAGGAGUGCAAAUGCCGACGGACUGAAGGCAUUUCAAAGGCCCGGUUGUGGACCAAGCAGGGUAAACAAUGAUUAAGAAAAUGUCUGACUCCAGUGACAGCAAGCCGUUUGUGGCGACUUCCUCCAUAACCUUCAAAGUUACCACUCCUUCCUUUUAUAACCAACCAAAAAAGUUUGCUUCUGUGGCUCCGCCUCGGCCCAAAAGUCAGACUAGCCAACCACAACCUGCGGCCUCUAACCUAAUACCUGCCAGCACAGCCGUUAUUGGUCGCGUGGGGGAGCUUCCUCCGCCUCCGCCUCCUGUCUGUGAUGACUUCCCACCCCCUCCUCCCCCAUUGGAUGAUGCUGAUCUACCAGUCCCGCCCCCUGAAUGCCAAAUCACACCCCCUGCUUAUGAGGCCCCUCCCCCUGCCUUCCCUGCUCCUCCCUCUCCGCCUCCAGAAGACUUUCCUAUUCCAUCAGCACCUGAGGACAUCUCCUCACAAACGUAUACCCCUCCUCCUCCCCCUCCGCCUCCUCCGCCUCCCCUGCCACCUCCUUCCAGCAGUAACCAUAAUAACUCUCAGAGGCUCAUGGAGAAGCAGACUAGCUUUGACAGGCAGCUGGAUUCCCUAACUGAUCUGUUGUCUGAGAUGGAAACCAGAGGGCCUUUUAACCCCAAGUUACCUACUCAAGCUCCAGUAGCAUCUGCACCCAAACCAUCUGGCCCACCGGCCACUGCCCCAAAACCGCUUUCCUUCCUGCCUCCCCCUGAGCUUCAGGACCGCCCACCCCCCGCUCCAUGGGCUGAAGAGCUCAAAGCAAGGACGACGAACAGACAAGCCAAUCAGGGCUCUGCCUCCACCCAUAGUCAGCCUCCACCAGCCAAUAAGACUCCGACGGUGACCCCCAAGACAGGCUUUCUCACCAAUCAAGGCACAUCCAACAACAAGAGCCCGGCUUUCGGCUCCAAGGGGGGCGUCACCGCUCCCUCUACCGUCACAAAAGCCCCAAAUUCUAUCACACCCUCCUUUGCUCUGAAACCUGCCCCAUCUAAUUCAUUCCCUCCUCCCCCUGUUAAUCAAAAUGUACCCAAGCGGGCCGUUUCGCCAGUUUUCAACCACUCGAAGACCUCCCCAGCUGCUAGUCAUGAAAAUGUGAGCGCCCCCACUGUGGCUUCACAGUCUAAACCGAUCUCUUCAGCAUCUCCUCCAUGCGCCCAAUCUGCGGGGCCUCCAGCCUCCAAGCCUGCCCAGCCCGCUGGUUCUGGUUCCGGUUCUGGUUCCGGAUCCGGUUUGGGAAUGCCCCUUUCCAUGAGAGAAGUGGAGGAGCUAGAGAAAAUGACUCAGGACUUCAUCAAGAACAUGGACGCACACGCCCCUGUCAUCACCUCAGCUCCCACAGAGGUGUGUGGGAAGUGUAGGCAGGCCCUCUCCCGCUCCCAGCCCGCCGUUCGUGCCAUGGACAAGCUCUUUCACUCCGACUGCUUCUGCUGCAUGUCCUGCCAGCGACCCCUGCAGGGCUUGCAGUUCUAUGACAGAGAUGGACAACCACAGUGCGAGGACUGCUUUGUGAACUCCCUGCCAAUGUGCGCACGCUGCGGCGAGCACGUCACCGACCGCGUGCUCAAGGCUGUCGGCCAGAGUUUCCACGCACAUUGCUUCCGCUGUAGUACUUGCGACUGCAGCCUGGAGGGAGCGCCCUUCAUCACUGAUGACGACAGCCGACCCUACUGCGUUUCUGACUACCACCGUCGCUUCUCGCCGGUCUGCGUGAGCUGUAAGGAGCCCAUCGUGCCUGAUCCCGGUAGUGAGGAGACCGUCCGGGUGGUGGCUCUCGACAAGAACUUCCACCUGAAGUGCUACAGAUGCGAGGACUGCGCACGCCCCCUGUCUAUAGAGGCAGAUGCUGAUGGCUGCUACCCAUUGGACGGUAGAAUCCUCUGCAUGAAGUGCCACACCCACCGUGUCAAGCAGGCCGCGCAUUGAUUUGUGAAGACAGCCGCCAGUCUAAGCCUGACCAAAAAUGAAACGCAUAGAAUAGCUUUGGCUCUGAUUUUGCGAUAAUAGCCAUUUCUGGCCUGUCUCAGUACAGAGGUAAUGUACUGUACUGUGCAAGUCCUCUAGUCACUCUGGUUAGCCUAUGUCUAUGAUGUCUGUCAUGCAUUUAGCUCCCAGCAUGAUUUACACAGGUAUAGCUUUGGCUUUAAGCAACCUCUAACACCAGUGCACUUUGAGAUUACUAGUACAUGGCAACUUCUCCAGCAUUUUUACUUCAACAGAAGUAAAUCUGAGUACUUUACAAAACCUUUUGUGGGAUGAAGAGUUUAAGGUGCAUUGGGCUUGCUCCACCAGUCGACUUAGGGAGGGAAUUUCUAGCAAUCACAGUAUAUGGAGUGUUUUGUAUAAACUACAUUUCCCAGCAGAACUUCCUUGCAAUUUUUUUGGUCUCAGUGCUGCAUGGGAAUAGUAGUUUUAGGGCUAAACAUUGUAUCUUGUGUGGUGAGCCUGUAAGAUUUUGAUGGCAGAGUUUUUUCCCCCUCUAUAUUCAGUGUUUAUAAAGACUGAUAACAUUUUUGUGUUGUAGCUAUAAAUACAAUGGUUUAAAAUGCCAUUUAAUUCACACGCUUAAAUUAUAGCAUAUAACAGGUGUUGAUGAAAAUAAUGCGUAUUUAAGUGCUUCUAGCACUGCAGCCCGGCUGAAAUUACAUUGCCAAUUAAAUAGCUCAUUUCAUUUUCCUUAAGCCUGUGUUUUGCAACAAAUUUAGAUAUUUAAACAUUAAUAUCAACACUUAAGAGACUAUAACAACAUUGCCUUGGUUAAAUAAGUGAAUUCAACGUUAGUGUAGAAGUUCAAAUUACAAAUACCUAUAGAAUUGCUGUUAUGGCUGCAUAUGAAUACAUAGCUGAACUUAAAAUGUGUAUUUAAGGCACGCAUGAAAUAGAAUUACAGUUAGACACACCUGCACUUAGAUAUCUUUGAAAGUGUUUGAAUUGCAGUUUUGGAAAUUCCAAAACAAUAAUUGCUAUUUGAAGAAAUUCCAUACAUGUUGUUAUAGUUACACUAAUACUGAUGUCUCCAUCUAAUAAUAGCAUGUGCCUUCAUUGUAAGUGGUAUAAACGUAAUUGGAUCACAUUCAAAGCUGCACAGACAGCCUUGCAAAUUGUAUCCAGCCAUUAGAACCAUUGUCGUUUAGUUCCACUUCAGCUAUAUUGCCUCCCCUCCUCUCUCAGAAAUGAGCUUGGCUGCACCAUGUUUUUUUCUGGCGAGUGCCUCUAUUUUGCUACGUCUUUUGUAUGUUCUUCGAAUGGAUUUUCUAGAUUAGGAUUUUUAUUGUUACAUUGCAGCUUUGAUAGUAUUUACAGCCACACAGAGCAUUUCGCUCUUUUUCCUUCCUUCCUUAUUCAUUCCCCUUCCAUCUGGUUCAUUCCACAUACUCAUUAAUUGAGAAAAAAAACUGUGUGUUUUGACUUCACCGGGACAAUACUUCAACCGUACUUUUGCCAGGCAGUAUGUUUAGUUUUUCAUUGUUAUAAUCAUCUUCAUAAUUAUUGCGGUAACGGUUGUUUUUUGUUAUUCCGUUAUCAUUUUUUGUUACAUGUUUUUGUCUUUUUUUUUUUUCUUUUUUUUUA